UUUUAUGGGUAUUUCGUUUGGUAAACAAAAAUAUUAUCAUUACUCUUGGUAUUAUUACUCAAUGCCCUUACUCUUGUCAUGAAAACAAUGUCAACUGAAAUCAGAUUCUAUUUUUAUGAUAUACGUUUAGUAUUUAAGUUGUCUUGAUGCGUCAUGGACGUUUUUUAACGGCAGUUCCGUUAUCAAUCCAGGUUUUUUUUUUGAAUGUCUCUCCGACUCUCAGUGAACAUAUUUUAUAGAAAUGGUAUGGCGUUGUUGCGUUUCCGCCGUACCAAUGAUAUUCAGUUACUGGUGCGUACCAGGGUGGCACCACGAAACGCUCACACCCUAGCAGUGAAUCCAAUCGUCAGUAACCGUUGCAGCCCACAGAGUUCUGGCUGGCAAAACCGAUGGAACCUUGCCAGGAGGGCAUUUGUUGACAACCUGCUGAGUCGGGUAACUAACUCUUUGUCAGCCGACCUGCGUAGGCGUACAGCUAGACAGCUUAUGUAUGGAAACUCUAGACCAUUUUUUGCCUUGGUUGGAAUGAGCCUAGCUUCUGGUAAUGGUAUGUUAACUAAUGACAAUCAGCUGGAAGGUGUUUGUUGGGAAAUCAGGGAAGCUGUUGGUCGAAUGCAAAAGAAUUUAACAGUUGCUGAAAGAUUAAUUUUAAAAUCAUCAUUGGGCUUAAAGCAAUUUGAACUAGGAUCUGUCAUUGCCAAAGGAAAUAAUGCAGUUAUAUAUGAGGCACGAAAAAUAGAAGACAUAGAUAAUGGUGAGAGGUCAAAACAAGAUUCAUCAGUUAAAACUUAUCCUUUGGCUAUCAAAAUGAUGUUUAACUAUGAUGCUGAAAGUAAUGCUAUGUCAAUAUUACGUGCAAUGAGCAGAGAAACAGUUCCAUCUCGCUGUAUACAACACAAUUCUUCUAAAACUGAUCAACAAUGGCUUAUUGGUUAUGAAAAAAAUUUAAUUACAUUACCACCACAUCCAAAUAUUGUUGUGAUGCAUUCGUGCUUUGCGGAUUAUGUACCAGAAUUAAUGGAUUCUCAUUCAUUAUAUCCUCAAGCUCUACCUACUAGAAUUAAUCCUGAAGGCUAUGGUCGAAAUAUGAGUUUAUUUCUUGUUAUGAAAAGGUAUGGUAUGAGUUUAAAACAAUAUUUAGCAAAAACAAAACCAUUAAGUAUUAGGGAUAGAAUUAUUUUACUUGCACAAUUAUUAGAAGCUGUUGCUCAUAUGUCUAAUCAUAACGUGGCACACAGGGAUUUAAAGACUGAUAAUGUCUUAUUAGAUGUCUCUGAGGGUAAUGAUGUAUGUCCUACAUUAGUGAUUACAGAUUUUGGUUGUUGUCUUGCUGAUAAAACUAAUGGCCUUAAUCUUCCAUAUAAAACUGCGGAUACAGAUCGUGGUGGAAAUAUUGCGUUAAUGGCACCAGAGGUUGUCACUGCUCGACCAGGUACAUUUGGGUAUAUUGAUUAUUCAAAAGCAGAUGCAUGGGCAGUUGGUGCAAUGGCAUAUGAAAUAUUUUCUGGUAUUAAUCCAUUUUAUAGUUAUGAAAGAGGUAAAGCUCCAUUAUUGCAAAAUUCUACAUAUGAUGAAAAAGAUCUUCCAGUACUUGGAAGUGAAAUACCAUUAAUUAUUCGUACAUUAAUCUACUCACUAUUAAAAAAAUCUACAUCCAAGAGAUUAGAUGCAUCAUUUGCUGCUACUGUUUGUCAAAUAUACUUAUGGGCUCCAUCAUCUUGGUAUACAAAAUAUGUGAUGCCUACUAGUAACGAAGUACUGCAAUGGAUGUUGUGCUUGACCACUAAAGUAUUGUGUGAAGGUGGAGCAAUGUUGUCUACUUCAAAUACUAAACAACGCACCUAUACAGAGUAUCAAUUGAUCACUACAUUUUUGCAUAGAUCUAAGUUAUACGAAAUCAAAAAUGCACUUUAUUGGAUGCAAUCAAUACAGCAAGAGUAAUUAAUUUAAAUUGUUAUUGGUUUUGGUGUUAGUCAGGUAUGUAAAAUUUUAAUAAAAAACAUUAAAUUUAUACAUGAACCAUCUGUAUUACAACUUGUGUAAAGGUAUUUAUUUAUUUUAUUAUA